AUGAUGCGUCGAGGAGCUGUUUUGAAACACAAAGGGGGCAUCGAUACUGGAGAAGGGGGGGGGGGGCGUUACAUCCGGGGGUGGAUACAUAUGGAGAGUGUGCGGAGGUUAGGAGGCAGUUGGGACAAUAUAUUUGGGAACAGUUCUAUAUCAUGGUGUGUGUUGAUGGGGGGGGGUGGUGGGGGGGUUGAGAGAGAUGGUAAGCGCGGAGCGGAUCUCUAUUGA